UUUCACCCAUUGGUCAGAUUUAGCUAAACUGUUACGUGAUUGGCUGAAAGUGUUCGUUGCGUUGCCGUUAAAGAGUAGGCCGUAACCGCGGUGAUGGCUGACUCGAUGUCGCUCGCGCUAUAAUAUUUAAUGAAAUAGGCGGGGAAAUGUUGUGAUAUUUUAGAAUAAAACAGAUAAAUUAACGAAUUAAAAACAAGAGAGGUGAUAUUUAAGUCCACAAGAUGGCAGCAAUGAACCAGUAAAGCUUCCUCGAAGAAGAAGCUCACUGCGCAUGCGUACAUGGAUUUGUAGUUUUUCAUUCGUCAUUGUAGUUUUUUUACACGUCUUCCAGCAUGGCGCUGGUUCCGUACGUAGAAAAUCCACUCCCCGCGCUUUCCAAACUUCACAACUCAUCCGCGCAGUUUCGGUUCGCCGACCGGGACCUCCGGCUGGCCCAGGACUGGAAGCAGCUCGGGGUGGCGGCGGUGGUUUGGGAUGCGGCUGUCGUCAUGUGUGUGUACCUGGAGCUGGGGAAGGUGGAGCUCAGGGGGAAGGAGGCGAUCGAGCUGGGAGCCGGCACCGGGCUGGUGGGGAUCGUAGCAGCACUGCUGGGUGCCAAAGUGACCAUCACAGACCGGCAGCCCGCUCUGGACUUCCUCUCCGCCAACGUGAACGUGAACGUGCCCGCAGACCUCCAGGGUUCGGUGGUCGUGUCCGAGCUGAGCUGGGGCGAGGGCCUCGAGCGUUACCCGGCCGGGGGGUUCGACCUGGUGCUGGGUGCCGACAUCGUGUACCUGGAGGACACCUUCGUGCCGCUGCUGCGCACUCUGGAGCACCUGUGCUCGGACUCCACCGUGCUGCUGCUGGCCUGUAAGAUCCGCUACAAGCGGGACACGGACUUCCUGAGCAUGCUGAGGCGGAGGUUCACCGUGGAGGAGGUGUACUACGACAAACACAGAGACAUCCACGUGUAUAAAUCCCAAAAAGUGACACCUGUGAGGGAUUUGUGACAGAUCAGAGUCGGCCCUGUUUGUAGUCUUUUACAGUUUUUGUACGAGAAUCAAAUAAAAAUCAAAGAUUACCAGAAACACAUUUAUUAACAGCUGCCAAAAAUGUAAUAUUCCAAUAGCUCUAACAUGAUGCACUGUAUUAUACAAGUUGGUGCUGACAUUUAGAAAUUGUGAAUACAAAAUUAAUGAAAAGCAACAUAAAAAAAGCAUACUAUGUCAUGACAUUACAUAAUACCUAAAACAAUAAUACAAUAUGGCAUUCCAUCGUCAUGAAAAUAUCCAUUUUGUUCACCGUCAAGUCUUUUUUGAUUUGGUCGCACGUUACAAUCCUGCAGGGCGUCCCGUCGCUGCGGCCAACAGUCGAAUAAUGGAGCGCAGGCGGACGCUUCCCGUUAACGGUCCAGUGACGCCUCACUGCGUCCCGCCUCGCCCUCGCAGUGCUGCGCGUACAUGAGUGUGAAAUGUGGUCGGAUUGUAUAUGCAAGGGGAAAGUGCGCAUGCCACUUUAAUGCUGCAAACAGAAUUUGGAGAACAGACGUCCUGAUGUGUUCGAUUCCGAUUCCUACAGAAUUCAUCCAAACGUCCCCGAAAACAACGUUCAGUGACAGUACACACACACAUAUACACACACACACACACACACAUACAUACACACACCAGGUGGCCACGCGUCUCCAAAGUCUGUUUAGAAAUAUUUUGUAAUGGUCAAACAACUUCCGGCUCAUUGUUUUUGCUUUUUAUUCAAAAAGAAUCCAGGACGUGAUAAAAUGAAUAAAAAAAAGCUGGAUUGAAAAAUCCAGAAUACAAAAACAUGAAGGAAAUGAAACUUUUUAAAACACGACGUUCUGCAGUUUAACCUUUGUUUGAUAUUUUGGUGCACGAGCAGCGCUUCAUUUAAUCUCUCCUUCACACGUUCACUGUAAGCCACGGCCAGACGUUUGAUAGAAA